AUGAAAAUCAAAAACCUCCUGCUCAAAAAGAGAAAUGAUCUCUCAACGUCCUUCUGCUUGGAGUCAGAAACGAAUGUGCUAAAGGACCACAUUCCGAUCCAUACGUUGAAAGAAAAUCACAAAGCUAAAGUGUUCUACAGUUAUAACCUCGUGGAUGGUUAUAAAUACAAAAUAACUGUAAAAAGGAAAAAAUAUAACUUAAAAAAUGCCAAACUUAUAAUUUCUUCACUGGACCAUCCAUAUAUCAUUAAGUUGAUUCACUGUUGUGAAUAUGCCUCUUCUUUCAUCAGCGUCUUUGAGUUUUUCUCAGACACAAAUUUAUACUCCUCCGUAAUCCUCUCCGCAAAAUAUGAUGAAAAGAGGAUAAAGAAUAUAGUAUAUCAGAUCAUACGAACGGUCCAUUACCUGCACUCAAAGAACUUAGCACACAAGCAACUACUUCCCCAAAGUUUCCUCAUCAAAUCCGUGCAUAACGAAAUGAUGAUUAAAUUGGAAGACGUGCAUAAAAUUAAGACCUAUUCUUCGAGAUCCAAUUCAAAAAUUAGGGGCCAAAACGUCUACAGCAUUGGACUGAUAAGUAAUAACAGGAAGGGGGAACCAAAUGUGCAGGAGUGGGAAAAUAUCUCACCCAAGGGGAGAAAUUUUGUGCAAAAAAUACUGCUCAGCGAUGUCAGCUCCAUGAUAACGGCGCGGGACGCGCUAGAUGACGAAUGGUUUAAGGAGAACGUCAAGCAGAACAUUUACAUUAAUUUUGACGUGCUCAGGAGCAUUUACGACUUUUGGAAAAAGAACGCCUUUAAAAGAUACAUCCUGAACAACAUAUCCAAGUUUGUAGUGAAGGAAGAUAUAUACAGAUAUAACUCCCUAUUUUUCUACUUUGACAUAAUGGAGGAGGGGUCAAUAAAAUAUGUGCAAUAUUUCGCAAUAAUGAAGAAAUUGGGCCUCAUGGACGCCAACGUAAUACUCGCUUUGGUGAUUUUCUCCGCAGAAUUAUACAUAAUCGCUUGUCUUUUAAAUGGAUUUAUAAAGAUUGAUAAACGAAUGGUGUUAAAAUUUUUUAAAAAAGUGGACUACGACAAUGAAGGAAUCAUCACCAAAAAGAAGCUGUACAAAUUUUACAGCAUGAAAUGUAGAAACGAAAUCGGCUCCAACAACAAGCGAAAAUUUACUUUUGAAGAAUUCUUUAACUAUAUAAGCAAGGAGUAA